CCCCCGCGUGCUGCCCAGUUCUCGCGAGAUCCCUGCUCCCGGGGAAGGAGGAGACGGCGAAGAUGGCGGCGGCGGCGACGGCGACGCUCUCUCUGGGCACAGAGACCGUCAAGGUGGAAAAUGGGCAGAGCACUGCAGCCAAGCUGGGGCUGCCUCCUCUCACCCCGGAGCAGCAGGAGGCUCUUCAGAAGGCCAAGAAGUAUGCGAUGGAGCAGAGCAUCAAGAGCGUCUUGGUGAAGCAGACCAUUGCCCACCAACAGCAGCAGCUCACCAACCUUCAGAUGGCAGCAGUGACAAUGGGCUUUGGAGAUCCUCUCUCACCUUUACAAUCGAUGGCAGCCCAGCGGCAGCGGGCCCUGGCCAUCAUGUGCCGGGUCUACGUGGGUUCCAUUUACUACGAGCUGGGAGAGGACACGAUCCGGCAGGCCUUUGCCCCCUUUGGCCCUAUCAAGAGCAUUGACAUGUCCUGGGACUCUGUGACCAUGAAGCAUAAGGGCUUUGCUUUCGUGGAAUACGAGGUGCCUGAAGCUGCUCAGCUGGCCCUGGAACAGAUGAACUCGGUCAUGCUAGGCGGGCGCAAUAUCAAGGUGGGGAGGCCCAGCAACAUUGGCCAGGCCCAGCCCAUCAUCGACCAGCUGGCGGAGGAGGCCCGGGCCUUCAACCGGAUCUACGUGGCGUCGGUUCACCAGGAUCUUUCGGACGAUGACAUCAAGAGCGUCUUCGAGGCCUUUGGGAAGAUCAAGUCCUGCACGCUGGCCCGGGACCCCACGACCGGCAAGCACAAGGGCUACGGGUUCAUUGAGUAUGAGAAGGCGCAGUCCUCGCAAGAUGCCGUCUCUUCCAUGAACCUCUUUGACCUGGGGGGCCAGUACCUGCGCGUGGGCAAAGCGGUCACUCCACCCAUGCCACUUCUGACUCCUGCCACGCCAGGAGGCCUACCCCCUGCAGCGGCAGUAGCUGCUGCCGCUGCCACGGCAAAGAUUACCGCCCAGGAAGCGGUGGCAGGUGUGACGAGUGCUGCCGUCCUGAGUACGUUGGCCACUCCGGGGCUGGUCACGCCGGCGCUGACGUUAGCGCAGCCUCUGGGAGCGCUGCCGCAGGCUGUGAUGGCAGCUCAAGCACCAGGUGUAAUCACAGGUGUGACCCCUGCACGCCCACCCAUUCCUGUCACCAUUCCUCAAGUGGGCGUAGUGAACCCCAUCUUGGCCAGUCCCCCAACACUGGGCCUGCUGGACGCCAAGAAAGAGAAGGAAGAGGAAGAGAUUUUCCAGGAAUCGGAGAGGCCGGAGAUGCUCAGUGAGCAGGAGCACAUGAGCAUCUCUGGCAGCAGCGCCCGCCACAUGGUGAUGCAGAAGCUCCUCCGGAAGCAGGAGUCGACUGUGAUGGUGUUGCGGAACAUGGUGGACCCCAAGGACAUUGAUGAUGACUUGGAAGGCGAAGUGACGGAGGAGUGUGGCAAGUUCGGGGCUGUCAACAGAGUCAUCAUCUACCAAGAGAAGCAGGGCGAGGAGGAGGAUGCCGAGAUCAUUGUCAAGAUCUUUGUCGAGUUCUCCAUGGCCUCAGAGACUCACAAAGCCAUCCAGGCGCUGAACGGCCGUUGGUUUGCCGGCAGGAAGGUCGUGGCCGAGGUGUACGACCAGGAGAGGUUCGACAAUAGUGACCUCUCAGCAUGAACUCUGCUCCAGAGAGACUUUUCUCUUGUUCUGCUCAGCCCCCCAUGGGUUCAGCGAUGCUCCUGUGCCAGCCUCGGGCAUUCCUGUGAUGUGUAUGUAGUUUUGGAUAAAAUGCAAAGGAAAAAGAAAA